UCUCUCUCUCUCUCUCUCUCUAUUUGUUUGGCCCGAACUGCUGUAAUAGAACUUGGGAGCUGGUACUCACGUGAUGGGAAGUUCUAUUUUCCAUCAUUUUGCUUUUGUCCAAAUCAUAAGGGUGUAUGGUUUGUAAGAUAAUAAGACUAUUAUUAAUAAGAAUUUCUUCUGAAGUUUUGCCUAAGUAUUCAUGUUGAUAUGGGACCUGCUUUGGUGAAUAAAUGUAACCCAAAAUUCCAGGCCACAGUGUGUUCAAAACGGCGUAUCAGCUGGUACAAUCCCGGGGUUGAGAUAAGCAACAAAAAAAGGUGCCUCCGUUCUAACAGUUCCAAGUUGAAUUCUUCUAGUCAUCCACAACAAAAAUACGUAAGCAUCAGUAAAAUGGAUUCCAUUUCUUGUGAUGAAGACUACAUGAGAUUCCUGAAAUCUUUAAGAGCAAACAAUGGUUCAAAUUGCAUGGAAGACGAUACUGAUUUUGAAUAUAAACUGUUCUUGGACCAUCUGAGGGAAGAUGGCAAAUCAUAUGUUCUUGAAAUGAUAGAUUUAGAGUGUGAAGUGCCUAUAUUUGUUAAGUACGAAGGAGAUGAUGGGUCAUCUGAUGAGAUCAAGUUAGAAAGUCAGAGCUCAGGCAGUAUUGCAGGUAAAAGAAGAAGGCCCUGCACGGCUAAAAAGGGUCGGAAAUGUCAUAAAUCAGGUCCUGCACAUUGCAAGGGAAAUAGAGGGCUGAGACGAAAAUCUGGUAAAGUUGUCACGUGUUCAUACUCUCCUGACUGUGACUGUAAAACUGGAGAGCCUUUAGAGGAUGACAGCUAUCAGACAUUCCUAAACCAUGUUAGAUUGCAUGGUUACUCAAUGAUUUUGGAACUCGAGAAUGGUAUUUCAGUCAAAUAUGAAGAAGAAAAUGAAGAUUUGACUGCAUCAGAAGUAUCAACAACAAAGGAUGCUCUACAUCAGAGUGAGCUAGUGUCAACAUUGUAUUCAACUUCUCAGCAGCUUUCAGAUUCUUCUGUUUAUGAAGUUGAUGGAAGUUCCCUAGACCUACAGCCUCACUGCAAAUUGUCAUAUUUUAGGAAGAAACUUAUGGCUUUUCUGAACAUGCCAUAUGACCCAAAGGAGCAUGAAGAGCUGUUUAAAGAAGCGACUAGUUGUAAGGCGUUGUAUAGUCAGAGAGUCCUACGUACGUCGUGCAAAUCAUAUCCAACAAUGAAACAUGGCAUAUCAUAUCUUGAUCAUCACCCUGAUCUUGCAGAACAAAUCAAGGGUGCUGAUAGAUAUAGAGCUUUGACCCUCUUACGUGGCUUCUUCUUCUGGUUACAGAACUUGUGUCAUGAAGGAGCAUUUAGGCCUUGGGUAACACCUCCCUCAGAUCAUGCUAUAAUUCCGAUUGCCUGUCCUGAGACAAUGCCUCCAAUUGGAGCUGCAGGACCGGCGAGCUUGGAAAGUAAGUAGGGUUAUUCAUGAACAAAGAUAAAUCACAGUACCUCAUAAUGGUCGACGAGCUCCUGAAAGUAGGCAUAAACCUUGUUGCAAGUCUCUGGGGUCCAUACAAACUCAUUGGAAGGGUCGAGGAUAAGGGU